GUGUACAAAUCACAAGACUUACAGAAAUGAAAUGAUUAAAAAAUGGUUACAAUUGGAAACAAUAAUUAUUGUCCCAAUUCUUUCAGAAAGGGUACAGAUUUCAGGGCUUCUUUGUCCCCAGCCCUAGAUCUUCCUUCAUCACAAAACAUUUUCUGAGAAUUGUUCAGAAAUCUCUAAAGCAUCCACAACAGGGCCCUCAUUCUGCUUUGGAAAAAGGACCCAUCUAAAAAGAGAGAUAAAGGGUUCUAUAGAGAGAGAUUGUGUUAUAGGUCCUCAGACACAGAGAGAGAGAGAGAGAGAGAGAGGAGAGGAGAGGAGAGAGAGAGAGAGAGAGGGAGGGAUGAAAGACUUGUUUGGCAGUCCAGGGAAGGUGAGUGGUCUUGUUUUGAGGAUAGGACAGUGUUUGUUUGCUGCUGCUUCAAUUGGGGUCAUGGCCUCUGCUUCUGGCUUCUCUGGCACCACUGCCUUCUGCUAUUUAAUUGCAUCAAUGGGGCUUCAAAUCUUGUGGAGUUUCGGACUUGCAUGCCUCGAUAUUCAUGCUCUGAGGCUAAAAAGAGACCUGCAUAAUCAUGUCUUAGUGAGCCUGUUUGUUGUUGGCGAUUGGGUGACAGCCAUUCUAUCACUUGCAGCUGCAUGCUCAUCGGCUGGGGUGGUAGUUCUGUUUUCAAGAGAUACAAAUUUCUGCCGGGUAGAGAAGCAACUUUCAUGCAGUAUGUACAAAAUUUCUGUUGCUUUUGCUUUCAUGUCAUGGUUCCUCCUUGCAAUAUCAUCUUAUGUCAUGUUUUGGCUUCUAGCCUCCGUCUGAACGAUUUGUUGGCCAUGUCAACUACACACGGUUCAUGUUGCUCUCCUUUGUGUAAAUAUUGCUCUUCUCCUGAACAUAUUUAUUGGAAAUGGUUUUGUUUUUUUGUUUUUUCUCCUCUCAAUUGCAUGUAUUUUUGGUCAUGUUUGAAGGUGUUCAUGAAUCAAUCAUGAACCAUGUUGUAAUGCAGCCAUACUUGUUUCUUUGCCCUUUGAGAGUAAGAAAAUGAGAUUAUUAAA